CCGGCCUUCCCAAAGUCCGCGCGCAUGCGUGAGCGCAGCCUUGUCAUCGAUGUGCCAACUUUCGUACCGGUAGAAAAGGAGAGUCCGUCUUCUAAACAGGCAUGUUCCGUCUGUCACCAUUGUCUCCAGCCUCGACACAACCAAAAUGGCCCCCCCUCGCAGACGGUCUAUGGAACGAGGAUGUAGAGAUGCCUCGCGUCGGAGAAGCUCGGUCUACAACAACAGCUUCCGGUCAAGACGACCGACCCUUGACGAAGAACCCGAUAGUGUCACAUGUUUAUCGACAGCCUACCAUGGCCCUGAAGCGGUUCGAGACCUGCUUCAACAUUACACGGGCUGCAUCGAGAUCAGUGAACGAGUCGGCUUCCUGAACAAAAACCAUGAGUUCUGGAAGAAAGCCAAGGACGAGCUGUCCCAUCUCGAAGCCAAAGAGCAGCCGCCGCAGAAUGACAGCGAUGCACUUGCUGCCCUUGAUGCACAAGUAACGGAAAAGAUCGAAAAUUCCAUCAAGUCGUUGGCCGUCUCAAUCGAAGCGCAGUACAAGAGGACCGACGUGUUGCGAAAGGCCUUGGCCAAGGAGCCCACGUCACCUGGGAGCUGCAGUCUUGUUCAACAUGUCAACGACAGCCGUGAGGCAUGGCAGGCCUGCAAGGAGUUCAAGGAUGGCAUCGGGAAAGUCAAAAAGUGGAGGAGGGACAAACAGCCCAUGCACCCCGGCGACGUCAAGAUUGGAGAUGACCGAAAGGAUGUUAAGGCAAUUGUCGAAAAGCUACGUGGUAAGCAGUACCUAAAAGAAGAAGUCAAGGACUACGAACUCGAGCGGGACGUCAAUGCAUAUCUUAUCCAAUACACCCGGGAUGCAGCAGAGGGAAACAUGACCGCAGACGGAACCGGAACCGCCGACGAGACAGCCAGUUUUGACCCGAAGAAACGUCACUUACCCGUCAGGCAAGUCGACGAAAGCUUGGACGACGCGCGGUUCAGGGGCAAAUUCCCAGACCAGCGGUUGGCAAUGAGUCUGCUCCUUGGACAACCGGUUGAUGAUACACAGAGCCCCGGGGCUAAUACCUCGGUGUUGUCAAAACGGCAGUGCGAUGGCAAAGACAAGACGAGGGUGCGGUACUUCCACAUUCCAUAUAAUAAUAUGGAGUGGGUCGAGCGUGUGAUCGCCGAAUACUAUGGUGACCCGCGACCCAAUCUUAGCAAAAGUCACAUUGAACUUCAGCCCGUCAUCAAAACGCAGACCGAGAUGCUCCUUCGUCCACAGCUGUGGCGCGGCCAACAGCAUGGUACCCAAAGCGGCAUCGUGCACGCAAGGUACAUGCGGCCGCUGUGUGAGCGGGUAUCAACAGCGGUCGACGUCAUCGAGGAUAACCCGAGCAACAUCGUUCUCUUUAUGCCAUACAUGUAUUGGGAGACAGAUAGGAUGAGGAGCGCUGUCUGCAAAAUGAUGGAAGAAGAGUCGGAGAGCCAACGGAAAAAGCAGAAAAAGAGAGAAUCCGAAGACAAGACGAAGCGCAAAAAGGCCAGGGAGAAGAUUACCGACAAGAACUCGGAAAGGAGACUGGAGCAUCCCAAACCGCCCCCGGUCCCGUCACAAGCGAUCGCCCCAAAGAUAGGCGCGCCUCUAUGGUCCAUUGCCGACGUUCUCAACAGGGUGGAGGUAGGCAGGACGACUCAAAACGGAAUGAAGGUCGAUAAUGGACGACUCAUAGCACCAGCCGGACGAUUGGGCCCCCUAGCGCAAUACCUCAUUGAUGCUGCCAGGCUCUACGAGGCCAUGUCUACUUUCCGAGACCGGCGGAUGCUCAAGGACUACCUGUACAAAACCCCACCCCUGCAUCCACGCAGGACCCUGGAUCAAUCUCACUACUGGACGCUGAGGAGCACCAGGGUUCGCGACCGAGAUCAAGUUGUCUACCGACAGACGAGUAUGGACGUUGAACUCGCUCACAAGCUCAAGAAGAUUCCCUUGGAGCAGCCCCCAAAACAAGGCCUCUGGGGGAUUCUCCAAGGGACAUGGCCUCAGGUUUGGGGUCUUCUGAAGGGUAAUGCCGCCAAUCAGCCCGACGAGGCCGUUUCCGAGAUCCCCGAAAGGUUCCAUGUGAGCUGUUGUGACGACUCCGAUGACAAACCCGAGGCCCAGUCCCACUGGCCGCCAUGGAGAGCAAAAGGUUGUAAAGGGAAAUGCCACUGGCAAUGGCAAGAGCACUGGUCCAUAACCGAUGAGGACGGUUGUGAUCACUGCACUAGCGACAUCAAGAAGACGUCCAAGCUCAUUAUGGUUGAUCAACUUUGGAUGUGGAUACUGGACGAACAGACCAUCAUCACGUCUUUCCCGAGAAGAUACGGCUAUAACAAGCACGACGCUCAUGGAAUACACAAGUCUAUACGGAACCGACUCCGGAACGCCCGCAAGAAUCAGGUCAGAUCCGUCUACGAUCUUGGCUUGAUUGUCCUCGAUGAGUGCUCCAACACCUUUCUGGACCGAACCAGAACACAUGAGAGUCAACCACAAGUCAUGGAUAUCUUCUCGGAGGCAAUUGGGAAUGUGACCAACCAACACACAACGUCGUUUCAACACGUCUGGCACUGGACAAAGAAAGCGUCCAGCGUGUACCGUUCGGCUUCCAUCUCGAAACACUACGGCGAGACAGCCGAGCUGCAUGUGCCUCUUCUCGACAUCCACCCUGAAGGAAAGCUGCAGCGAGAAAUCAAAGACAUUCUGGACGAGCUUGAAAUCAUGAUCAAUCUCACCAGACGCCAGAGGGAGAUCAUCGGACGGUACUGCAAACACGUCGAAAACAUACUGGAUCCUGAUGGACAACUAAGGAACAACGGUCCUGACAGCCAGCUAUCAGCUCAGUACAGAGAUGACGGUUUUGACUGCCCGGACCCGAGCAAACGGUUGUCAACUGGGCCCGAGACUGCCGGCGACAGAAAGAAAGGCAAGCGGACUGAAACACAGAAACAGCAAGAGGAAAGCGAAGCGCGGAGAGUGGAUAUGGCGAGAAGAAAAGACCACCUGGCCUGGUUCCACAUGCAGUCACAAGACUUGCUCUGCGAGGUUGACGAUCACAUCGGCGAACUAGAGGCCCUCCGGGAGAGUGCCAAGAGCACGGCUCAAAGUGUAACCGAUCUCCUUUCCCUCAAGCAACAACAGGCGAGUGUUGUGCAGGCCUGGGAGUCUGCGAGACAGGCAGAGGAAGCCGUCCGUCAAGGGCGCGCCAUUAUGAUGUUUACCAUCAUCACCAUCGUUUUCCUGCCACUAUCGUUCAUGUCCAGCGUUUUUGGGAUGAACAACAAAGAUUUUGGCCAAGACAACACUGAUUGGACCGUGAAGAACCAGUUUCAGCUCAUGUUCCCAAUAUCAAUCGGCAUCGUUGCCGUCUGUCUCGUAGUCGCCUUUUACCCCUUUCUCCGCGCCGUUAUCUGGUCCUUCUACGCAUACACCACCACCCUAGUGGUCGUCAAAACAGGCCUCUACAAAAAGUGGCUUGAUUUCAACGACGGAUGGCGCUCCACCACGCUGGUGCAAAAGACGGAGGAGGAAGUCUUUCUGCUCAGGGACGAAGUUCGAAAGGCGAGGAGGCGGAAGAAGGCCGAGGAGAAGGCCGCCGAGAGAGAUAAAAAGAACGGGGGGGGACAGGCGGAGAGGACGGAUACGGAAGGUGGAGCUGGCUGCGCGAAGUGUACGGGACACUCCGUUCUGGCAUGGCGCGGAUGGUUCAAGAGGGAGGCUACGACUGAGGAUAAGGAUCCGGAGCAGCAGAACGGAGUGUUGGGGCAACGGCCGCGACGACAGCCGGGUGGCGACACAUUACAGCUGCCCCGGGUUCAGCGACAUGAUCAGGCUGGCGCAGGCGCUGCAGGGCAGCGUUCCCCUCCGUCGACUGUGAAUGUUAGCGGGGGUCAAGCGAGGGAAUGAAAGCUCGGCGGGAACUCAGGACGAGGUGAGACGAUUGACACGUUCCAAGAUUGUGCUUCAACCCAAAAUGUAGGUUAUUCGGCAGUUCUACUUUAGCUUAUCUACCUUUGUACGUGUACAUCUUU